GGCAGUCCUUGCGUGUCGCCACCACAAUGGCGGCGCCCAUGUUGCGGCUUUUUUCCAGGGGCUGGUGGUUUGGUGCCCCGAGCCUAUCUGGAGUCUUGCCCCUGGGCCUCCGUAAGGCUCAUUCAGAUGUCCGGGGGUUACUGGCGGCGCAGAGUGCUCGGGGUCUAUUCAAGGAUUUCUUCCCAGAGAGGGGUACGAAGAUAGAGCUCCCAGAGCUCUUCGACCGUCGCACGUCGGGCAACUUUCCCCAGACCAUUUACUGCGGCUUCGAUCCCACAGCGGACUCGCUUCAUGUGGGGCAUCUGCUGGCGCUGCUCGGCCUGUUUCAUUUCCAGCGAGCGGGCCACAACGUGAUCGCGCUGGUGGGAAGCGCCACGGCACGCCUGGGAGACCCGAGCGGCCGUACCAAGGAGCGCGAGGCGCUGGACGCAGAGCGCGUGAAAGGCAACGCGCGCGCCCUGCGCCGAGGGCUGGAGGCCCUGGCUGCUAAUCACCAGCAGCUCUUCAACGAUGGGCGUUCUUGGGGCAGCUUCACCGUGCUGGACAACUCAGCCUGGUACCAGAAGCAGCACCUGGUGGAUUUCCUGGCGGCGGUGGGCGGUCACUUCCGCAUGGGCACGCUGCUGAGUAGGCUGAGCGUGCAGGCGCGGCUUAAGAGCCCCGAGGGCAUGAGUUUGACUGAGUUUUUUUACCAGGUGCUCCAGGCCUAUGAUUUCUAUCACCUGUUCCAGCGUUAUGGAUGCAGGGUCCAGCUGGGAGGUUCUGAUCAGUUAGGCAACAUCAUGUCUGGAUACGAGUUCAUCAACAAGUUUAACACUUUCAUUGCUUUGUCCCAAAGGUACCUGAAGCUCUUCACUUUUCUGCCCCUUCCAGAGAUUGACCACCUUAUGCAACUGCACAUCAAAGAGCCAGAAAAGCGGGUUCCUCAGAAGCGACUUGCUUCAGAAGUAACAAAGCUUGUUCAUGGACAAGAUGGGCUGGAUUCUGCCAAAAGGUGUACACAAGCCCUUUAUCAUAAUAGCAUAGAUGCGCUGGAGGUCAUGUCUGAUCAAGAGUUAAAAGAGUUGUUCAGAGAAGCUUCAUUUUCUGAAUUAGUUCUGGACCCUGGAACAAACGUCCUCGAUACAUGCCGCAAAGCAAAUGCUAUUCCAGAUGGUCCCAGAGGGUAUCGAAUGAUAACAGAAGGCGGAGUCAGCAUAAAUCACAGACAAGUAACAAAUCCUGAGAGUGUCUUAGUUGUUGGACAACAUAUUCUCAAGAACGGACUUUCUUUACUUAAAAUAGGAAAAAGGAACUUUUACAUUAUAAAAUGGCUUCAGUUAUGAUGAAAAGUCCUUCUGGUGGUUCAAACAAACUUGCCCAUCAUCAUUCAUUCUCGAGACUUGUAAGAUUGGCUCCAGAACUUACACCUUUGCUUAUGCAAAUCAGGGAAACAGAACGGAGUAUACGCUAGGCCUCAAGUGUGAGUAAUUUCACUAUUUUUAUGGGUUGGUUAAUAAAUAAGGUGUUUGUUUA